UAAAUCAUCUUAUAGGUUCGACCAAUGUGAUGUGUCGGAGCUCUUCCUCCGGAAGUACUAUCAUCUCGGUCCCCAAAUGGGCUCAUGAUCCCGCGGCGCAAUUGAGGCCAACCCGGUCAAAUCUAUGAUCGCCGUUGAUUACUGCGAUGCAUCUCAGAACCAAAAGUCUGCUCGACAUUCUGAUAACAGCUGUCUUGGAAUCGGGACUAUCACCCCUUUCCUACCUGUUCUUGACAUCGCAAUAGAUAUCUCCGGGGUAGACCACCCUAGCGCUUUCAUAUAAAUACUUGUCUUGCAAAGACCCGGAAUUCUCGGUCGUCGCGGAACCUCGCCUCUACUUAUAACAUCGACGGCUUCUUCAUUCUUCUCAGCCAUGGCUUCCUUCGAAACAUUUCGUCUCGGUCCCUUCCAGGUUCCUCGAAUAUGGACCGGACUAUGGCAGCUAUCGAGUAACGCCUGGGGAAGUGCUUCUGUCACCAAGAUCCGACAAGCGAUGGCUCGUCACGUCGAAUCAGGGUACACCGCUUUUGCUGACCACUACGGAAGUGCGGAGAUCAUAUUUGGUCAAUUCCGACAGAAGCAGUGUUACCCGUCAGAAAUAAUUGGAGCGACCAAAUGGUGCGUGUUCAAGACCAUCACGCCUACCAGAGAUGUCAUCGAGGCUGCUGUGCAAGAGCGCCUACAACGGAUGCAAACAGAUCAUGUCGACCUCCUUCAGUUCCAUUGGCAAGAUUACGGGAAUAAGGGGUACCUUCCUACGCUUAAAAUCCUUGAAGACCUUCGAAAUAAUGGUGUGAUAUCGGCGAUCGGACUUUGCAAUUUCGACGCUAUCCAUACGGAUGAGAUUUGUACUCAACUGGGACGAGGCGUCAUUGUGUCCAAUCAGGUUCAGUUCUCGUUGAUUGAUACGCGCCCGCUUCAUGGUAUGUCAGAUGUCUGUGACAGACACGGUCUGAAGCUGUUGACUUAUGGAACUGUGUGCGGCGGUUUCCUCGCGGAUAACCUGAUUCCUACACCUGGUAACCUUACGCCCUCUCAACGAAAAUACCUCGACAUGAUCGUGAAGGCAUGGGGUGACUGGCCUCUAUUCCAAUCGCUCCUUUCCGUCCUUCGUAUCAUCGGUGAUCGCCAUGGAGGUCUGAGUAUUGCCAAUGUGGCUACUCGAUGGGUAUUGGAUCAUCACUUCAUUGGAGCUGUGAUCAUCGGAGCGCGCUUGGGUCUUUCCGAGCAUCCCGCGGACAACAGCCGCGUCUUCGAGUUCACUUUGACUGACGAGGAUCGCGCUGCCAUCGAGACAGUUCUGGAGCGCUCAAAUGGUACGUCGAAUGAUCACUACCAUUGGCGAUUGUGGGGCUGAGUAUCGUUGAGAUGCAUAGCAUCAUGCGGCUCUGAAUUUAUAGAAUGAUUGAUGUUUGAUAUCGGAUUUACCUUACCAUCUUCGAUGAGCUGUGAAAAUCACUUCCCCGAGAUUCUACCCGUGCGGAGCAUAUGUUUGUCAUAUGGCAUUUGUUUUGGUGGUAGUAAAUGUCAUAUCAAUUCAGGUACGACACUGCAUGGGAUUCUAUCCUGAAGAUCCGAGCUAUCAUGCUCAUGCAUGGCAUGAACCCAUU